GAGGCAUUGACAAAUUGGAGAGAGAUCUAAACGGUUAGGGGGCGUCCACUUCUUUAUUUUCUAUUACUUCCUUACCUUUUCUUCUCUUUCUCUCUCGUGCUUCUCUUUCUCCCCCGAUCUCACUGUUCUCCCUUUCUACUCCCUCUACCGGAAAUUUUACCCUUCUCCCUCUAAACCACCGCCGCCACCGGCCACCGAUAAUAUUCGUCUCCUUCUUUGCUUUUCCGCGGGCUAGUCGAGCUUGGACCGGCCCUUACUCACCCACACUGCUCUCGGUUUUUAGGCAUCCCGAUCUUUCGAUUCUAUCUCUCGGUCUCUUGUCCGGUCGUCACUUCCAGCUACCACCAGCUUCUUUCCGGCAAUAUUUUCCGGUCCGCUCGCCGGGAAAUUGAAGUCUCGGCACCCAUUGGUAAUCGAGUUGAUAAUGGUCCACCGUUUUGUAAAACAAUGACAUAUGGAUCCUGAAGGAAAGAAGUUUGGAAGAGGACCAAGGGAACUGACUGGUGCUGUAGAUCUCAUAAGUCACUACAAGUUGUUGCCACAUCAUGAGUUUUUCUGCAAGAGAUCACUUCCUUUGUCAAUUUCAGACACACAUUAUCUUCACAAUGUUGUUGGAGACACAGAAAUUAGAAAAGGAGAAGGGAUGCAACUGGAUCAGCUUAUUCAGAACACAUCCUAUUCCAGAGAACCAAAUGCACGAAUUCAACCGUUUGACCUAGAUAUUCUAAGAGAAGCCUUUCAGUUAAGGGAAACUGCUCCUGUUGAUUUGCCCCUCGCGGAGAAGGGGAUCCCUACUGUUGCAGGGAAGUCAAAAGGUGAGUCCAAGGACAAGGAGAGGAAGCAUAAAAAGCACAAAGACAGAGAUAAGGAUAAUGAUAAAGAGCACAAAAAGCACAAGCACCGCCAUAAGGACCGAAGUAAAGAUAAAGACAAGGAGAAGAAGAAGGAUAGAAGCGGACAUCAUGAUUCUAAUGCUGAUCAAUCAAAGAAACACCAUGAAAAGAAAAGGAAGCAUGAUGGCGAUGAAGAUAUUAAUGACAUUCACCGACACAAAAAAAGUAAGCAUAAGAGUUCAAAAAUUGAUGACAUGGGUGCGAUAAAGGUUGCCGGCUGAAAAGGUGGCCUACAAUGAUUGGGUUAUUAUUCUCAAAUGGUUGUUGUUGUAAGAGUUUGGAGGGGGCUUUUACUCGUCAAAUUGCUUGAGGGUAAAAGUUGCUAAGAAUGGACUUUUUUGUAUCAUUAGAAUGGUAUAUUAUGAUUAUUAGUUAUGUGCAAGACUUCUAAAUAGGUUGUUUCUCAGUUUCUACGGCGCAUUGGAUAUCUCAGGUUGUACACAUUACUAUAAUUUCUUUUGUUUGAGGGUUUUUUUUUUUUUUUAAUGAUUAGCUCGAAUUAGAUUUUCCAGGUUUUAGGAAGAAUAGAUUGAGAAAGGGGAUUUUGUGUAUAUUGGUUCUAUUUUUCCUCAUCUGUUGUAGCAAAUGACUAACAUGUUUAGUCACCCAAAAUGAUUGUAGGGACUACUAGAACUAUGUUCUCA